CUUUCCUUUUGCCUGGGGGGAUAUAUAGAACCAUUUCCAGUUUCUCUUCUCCUCUUUCUUUGCUCACCUCUACUUCCCUUUCUCAUACAUAAUUUCUCUCUCUGGAAUCGUCACUCCAGUCGAGUUCCUCUUCGAGUCGUCACCUGUCCAAAUUCUCGCUAUCGGCAGUACCGCUUGUCGUCACAAUGGAGAAAAUCCCCACCACCCUGCCGUUCGUAGGAGGCGCAAAGGAGGAGGUCGCGCAGCAUCCAAUUGGACCCCUAACGGCGAGCGAGAUCACCCGCGCCACGAGCUUAUUGAAGGCCUCGUGGCCGGCGAACACGGAUUUCAACUUCAAGGCGGUCACGUUACUAGAACCGCUCAAGGCAGAGCUACUUCCAUAUCUCCAAGCUGAGCGCAGUGGUUCUACGCCAGCCAAGAUUGACCGGAGGGCUUUCGUGCUUUACUACAUCCGUAACACUGAUAAACUACACGAGGCUGUUAUCAACUUGUCCCAGGGCGGCAAGAUUGAGAGCAAUGUCCGCCUUGGAGCUAACGUCCACAGCAACGCUGAUGGUGACGAGAUUCUCAUGGUCGAGAAAAUCGCGUUGGAAGAUGAGGGGAUGAAGGCUGCCAUUGCGAAGUUGCAGCUUCCCGAGGGCUCCGUCGUUAUUGUCGAUCCAUGGAUCUAUGGCUCUGAUGGUGUCCACGAUGAUAAGCGCAUGUUCCAAUGCUUCAUCUAUAUGAAAGAUCCAAAGCACGCCAACGAGCCAGACGCUAACCACUACGCCAUGCCCCUCCCCAUCUCGCCCGUCAUCUGUGCCGAGACAAUGAAGGUCAUCAGAAUUGACGUCCUUCCCACUGGAGCAGAUGCUACCAUCAAGGAGCUUGGCCCAUACAAGGUGCAUCCAGCCAAUGAGUAUAUCCCAGAGGCCCAGACUCUCCGCACCGACCUCAAGCCACUGAACGUUGUUCAACCAGAGGGCGCCUCAUUCACCGUCAGCAACUUCUCUGACCUCGGCCGCACCGUCGACUGGCAGAAGUGGAACUUCAAGAUCGGCUUCAACCUUCGAGAAGGCAUGGUCCUCUACGACGUCCACUACGACAACCGCCCCCUCUUCUACAGACUCUCUCUCUCCGACAUGAACAUCCCCUACGCCGACCCCCGGCACCCCUACCACAAGAAAGCCGCCUUCGACCUCGGCGACGCCGGCGCGGGCAUCAUGGCCAACAACCUCAAACUCGGAUGCGACUGCCUCGGCUCCAUCCACUACGUCAGCGCGAUCCUGAACAACUCCGCCGGCGACCCCCUCCCAAUGGACAACGUCGUCUGCAUCCACGAGCAAGACAACGGCAUCGGGUGGAAACACACCAACUACCGCACCGGCCGCGCCGCCAUCGUGCGCAACCGCGAGCUCGUCAUCCAAUCCAUCAUCACCGUCGCGAACUACGAGUACAUCCUCGCCUUCGUCUUCAACCAAGCCGGAGAACUCGCCUACGAAGUCCGCGCCACUGGCAUCCUCUCCACCUCACCCAUAGACGAGGGCAUCACCGUGCCCUACGGAACAGUAGUCCACCCCGGCGUCCUGGCAGCGCACCACCAGCACAUCAUGUCCCUCCGCAUUGACCCUAUGCUCGACGGCCCUCUCAACCGCCUCGUCUACGAUGAAGCGCACCCCAUGCCCGUCUCGGACUCUAAUCCCCACGGCGUAGGCUACACCGUCGACGAGACCCUCGUUCCCACCUCCGCCGGUCUCGAUCUCGACAGCAACACCAACCGCACCUUCCGCAUCGCCAAUGCCGCGGUCCGCAACCCCAUCAACGGCGCCGCGGUCUCGUAUAAGAUCCACGCUCCCAACUUCCAGAAGAUGCUCGCCUCCCCCGCCUCCUUCCACCACCGCCGCGCCGAAUUCGCGGACCACAACGUCUACGUCACUGCGCACCGCGACGACGAGCUCUACGCCGGAGGUCGCUACACGAACCAGUCCCGCGGCGGAACAGGCGUGCGUAGCUGGGCGGAGCGCGGGGACAGCGUCGAGGAUAAGGAUAUCGUAGUCUGGGUGCAGUUUGGCAUCAACCACGUCCCCCGCGUGGAGGACUUCCCAGUCAUGCCGUGCGAGAUAAUGAGGGUUGCGCUGAAGCCGGUGAAUUUCUUCAGUAGGAACCCGGCGAUUGAUGUCCCGCCGAGUACGCAGGCGACGAAUAAGAGCGUGUUGGUUGCGGCGGAGGGGACGAAGGCUGAGGCGUUGGUGGGGGAGGAGGGGAAGGUUUGUUGUGUGAAGGAGGUUAAUUAGG